AUGCUACCACGAACGCUCUCCACGCGCGUGGCGUUCCUGCGCUCUUUACUUCCUCAAACUCGAUUCCUCAGCACCUCAAUAUCCAGACCGUCAUUUAGCGCGUUAAUACGAAGCUCGAUAAAACCGCAGUCGUCCACGCUCCCGACUUCGCUGCUCACUGUGCAAGUUCGUGGAAUGAAGACCCGCUCAUCAGUAAAGAGAUUGUGUGAGAGCUGCAAGGCUGUGCGCCGCAAAAACCGCGUCUUCAUAAUCUGCGAUAAAAACCCAAAGCAUAAGCAGCGCCAGGGUAAAUGA